AUGGCAACUAAAGAUAGAAAAUACAAAGUCGAUUAUCGAUACCAACCAUUUGUCGGAAAAUUCACCAACUUCAAACCAAGUGGCUGUUCUGCCUAUGCACCAGCUUGGUGUCGGCCGGUGUCAGCCUCUCCGUUUCGUGCUGGUGGCCUUAUUAGACAACAAUCCAGGGCGAGGCAAUGGGUGCGAAAUCACUAUUUGGUGGAUUCUGUUGCAGAGGAAGUUGAGAGAUGGAAGUCAACAAAUGAUAUGGUGUUCAUGUAUGGAGGAGUUGGUCCUUCGCCUUCACAUAUCACUCAGUUGGAGUUGCUAAAGCAUUUGGCCCCUGAUGAAUUUGAGGGAUAUUUACUGCAUCUCAUAGGUGAAAAGUGCUCUGGGGACAGGAAUGAGAUUCCUAGAUGGAUGGAAAUGAUGACAACGUGCCUGAGGGGAUCACUGAGUUGCUGCAUCAUGACAAUUGUUUUGAAGCUCCCUUGUUCUUGUGAAGUUGAAGCUGCUCAACCUCUUUCAGAAAUUUCAAUUCAAUUUCCAGAUAUUUACAUUGAAAUGGGCCUCUCGUUAUUAGUUUUGAAGGAAAGGCAAGGACGUCUACUCUAG